CUUCACUUUCAAAACCGCGCAAAAUCAAAGCUGAGAACCGCAAAAAAUAUAUGUUCCCGCCAUUGUUUUCUCUCUCACCUACCCAUCAAAAAUGGAAAAAGAAUCAAAACUGCUUCGUUCCACUCUCAACCCUCCUCAAAAUCAAUCAACCCACUCUCCACCUAAAAUGGAUCUCUCACAGUUAGCAGAGAAGUCGGGUCUCUCAGAAUCCAAGCAGUUGAUCCGCAGAGCCACCGAGCUCCAUCUCCUUGCCAACAUCCAAUUCGACUCUUCCAUUAUCGGAGUCGUUAAUAAGAGAUGUUUCCAAAAAUCGGGGAACUUGCCUGCAGUGCUUUGGGUGGUGCAUAAGCAUUUAGGAAAGGGCCGAUCAUCUUCAUCAGCGGUAGCUACUGCUCCAUCAGGGCCAAUUUCGUCAAAACGACGUGACAAUUCGUUGUUACAGCAACAGGAUGUAAUCCAAAGCGCCAUUCUGCACUGAAAGAGAUCAUUCAAUGCCUCCAGAGGUAGAUUUUACCAAUUUAAUCACUAUUUUUUAAAAAAAAAAUCUUGGAAGGUUUAACACGUUGAGAUUGAUCUUCUCUAUAAAGCUCUGGGUUUGAGAGGUUGGUAGGACCACACAUUAUUUCUGCAUUACUCUUAACAAAAUUUUCAUAGGAUUUUUGGUGGCCUUUAGAUUCAAAAUUGUCGAUAUUUUAUCCCCGUUUAGUCAGCGAUCCAUCGGAUGAG